AUGGAAGAAGAAAGAGAUAAACAACAACAGCAACAACUCAUUUUUAUUAAGAAAAUAUUUGCUAUUUCACCAAUUAGAAAUCAAAUAUUCGAAGAGGUUAAGAAUAUCAAUGCUUUGUCAUUCCUUCCGAAAUAUAGUUGGUUAGAGUUGUCACAAGACGGUCAACUAUUGGAUAGUAAUCAAAAUGAUAUUAGAUCUCAAUAUCUAAAGUCUAUACAAUCAGAAUUACCUCAUUACUUUGUAUUUGAUUAA